AUGCCUGGAUCAGCUUCGACGUUUAGCUCAAUGGCAUCGCCUGCCCCUCCGCCUCCUCCACCCCCGCCCAUGUCGGGCGCGUUUUCGCCUGCGAGCAAAGGUGGAUCACUUCCCAAUUCGACUCGGUCGUCCGUCCAGAAUGGACACUCGAGUAUGCAGUCGGUUCUUGCUGGUAGAAAGGAUGUACCCCUCACGGCCAAUACGCGGAUGAAGCAGCUCCAGUGGGACAAAGUUCCACAGCAAAAUGUCGGGAAAACGCUGUGGAAGGAAGAGGAAGCUGGCAAGGAGCAAGAAUGGGUCCAAAAGCUGCUCAAUGAUGGUGUAUGGAAGGAGAUGGAAGAAGAUUUCAAGGCCAAGCAACUUGUCAUCAAUCUCAUGGCGAAACAAAAGAGAGCAGAGCUCAAGAGCGUGCUCGACCCUCAGACGAAGAAGCGAGUCGAAAUCAUCAUUCAACGAGUCAAGAGACUAUCACCAGAGGAGAUUGCUCACCAGCUCCUGCUGAUGGCACCAGACUUGUGCACCGAAAAUUUCCUCAGCGAGCUCAAACCUGUUCUCCCGUCACCGGAGCAGAUUGGCAAGUUAAAUGUGUACCGCAACGCAGAUCCGGAAGAAUUGGCAGGACUCCAUCCGUCGGAUCGUCUCAUGGUUCAGCUCAUCAAAAUCGACCGACUCGGUCCAAGGUUACAAGGAAUGUUGUUCCGGUGCAGAUUCGAUGAACAGAUGACUCUCUGGGAAGAAAAUGCAAGAAAGCUUUCAGAAGCCGGAGACGCUCUCUUGCAUGCGGCCAAAUUCAAAGAGUUGAUGAGUUUGAUCCUACUUAUCGGCAACUACAUGAACGGUACAGGUAUCAAAGGUGGCGCGUACGGUUUCAAGGUUAGCAGUAUCAACAAGCUCGUCGAUACAAAGUCUGUGCACAAUACGACAUUGCUCCAUUUCCUUGAACGGACUGUCUCCCAUCACUUCCCGGAGAUGGAGGGUUUCCUCGAAGAGCUGGCCAAGCCUGCUGAUGCCUGCAGAAUCAAUCUGCUCGAUAUGCGCAAAGGAGUAUCGGAGAUUCGAGAGGGUCUCAAGGUGCUACGAACAGAACUUCAAGACCAUUUUGCCGACGUCGACGGCUCAAAUCCAGGCGAUCUCUUUGGCAAGAAGAUGUGGCGCUUUGUCGGGGAAGCCAAGGAUCGUUUAGACGACUUGACGGACGAGGUAACGCUUGCCGACUCGACAUUUGGCGAAGUCGUCCGGUACUACGGAGAAGAUGAGAAGAACAUGACCUCGAUCGAAUUCUUUGGCAUCUUCAAGACUUUUGUUACCUCAUACCAGAAAUGCAAGUUUGAAAACCAGAGCGCCGCCGAAGAACGCGCUGCAGCAGACAGACGGCGACAACAAGCCGAGGAGGUCAAGGCUGCAAAGGCCAAGGCGGAAAUGACUCUGGAGGAAGACAGCACGAUGCUCGACUCGCUAUUGGAAAAGCUGCGCGAAGGCGAGAGUGUCAAAGGCCGAGCACGGAAGCGACCCGCAAAAGACCGCGCGAUGCGGCCACCGCCAACCCCGCUCGCAAUGCUACACGAGCGAAAUGGCGAGGGAGGUGGGGAUGCAGGUGACCUUGCUCGAGGGAUGCUUGCCGCGCUCAAGUCGGAUGGAUUUGGCUUUGGCGCAACGGACACGAUUGUUCCGAUUCCGAUGCCCAUGUCGCCCACACGACGACGUCCGAGGAUACGCAAUGAUCCGCUACUUGCAGAAGAAUUAGAAGGGCUGAGCCCAUCACUCAUCGAGACACUUGCCAAUGAUGAUUCGGAAGGAAACCCCUUGUCGCCACUCUCUCCAAAGGACCAGCAGCCGAAAUCGGAAGAGGAAGGGCUAAAGGAAACGUGA